ACAAACUGGCUUUGGAUUGUAAGAGAGCAGGGACACUUUAAAAAGCAGCAGCAGCCACCGCCCGCUGAAUGAGGUGGAACAGCAAGUGAAGCCAAGAAGUUACUUUAAAAGUCUGUUAGUGGUGGUGCGUAAAAUGGAAGCGGUGCGUAAAUGUCUGCCUGUACUCUUUUGGACGAGAUGGUAGAUGAAAUACAAUUUUUUAAAACUGGAAAGUUGACCGGAAAGUAUCUCUGAACUAGUGUCAGGGGCAAAAAUCUGCGUUUGGCACGGAUGCUGCUGGACGUCGCUCCACGUCUGCGCUCCUUUUAUUUCCUCUUUGGUCACAUUUGAACCAUGGCUUACUCUCAGCUUGGAUACUCCUACUCCACCACGCCACAGUUUCUGAUGACUUCAGGCUCCCUGGCCGGCUGCCUGGAGCCGGGAACUCCCCCGUCCCACCCGGUGCUGCGCUCCCCGGGCCACCAGCUCACCCCAGGAACUGGCAUCGGGGUCUACAGCGGCCCGUAUCCAAAGAGCCAGGGCUAUUACAACACCUGCGCUACGGACGCCGCUCUCUAUUCCAGAGGGCCACUAGAUCACAAAGAAGGAGCUGCAUCUGUGCAUGUGGGGACAUCUCAGACCCCUGCCUAUUAUCCUUAUGAAUACACGUUUGGGCAAUAUCCUUAUGACAGAUAUGGUUAUUCCUGCUCAGACGGCGCUUCACGGCGUAAAAAUGCCACCCGAGAGACCACCAGCACUCUGAAGGCUUGGCUGCAGGAGCACCAGAAGAACCCCUACCCAACUAAGGGAGAGAAAAUAAUGCUUGCUAUCAUCACCAGAAUGACACUUACACAAGUGUCUACGUGGUUUGCAAAUGCACGCAGGAGAUUGAAAAAGGAGAACAAGGUGACGUGGUCACCACGGGCUUGUAAAAGCUCAGAUGACCGAAGCUGUGAAGAUGACAGUGAUGAAGCUGAGAAGCCACUUAAAAGUGACAAGGAGCUCCCUGAGCAACAGUGUGCAGACCUACAGAGUGAUCUUGAGGACUUUGACCUCCUGGAGUCAGAUGCUUCUGACUGUGAUCCGAAGCCACAGUUUCUACCUGAGGACGAUGAAGCAAACCCAAACACAGAGCUCCCUCGUGUGCAUCUUGCACACAACCCAGAUCCACUGCGCAGAAAAGAGAGACUGUCCCCCAACUGCCCCAAACUCACAGCGGUCCAACACCAAAACAGCUCCUUCUAUCUUAAUGCAGACCUUCAAAGCACAGACACCAAGCCCAAAAUUUGGUCCAUCGCUCACACUGCUGUGUCUUUGGAUGCCAGCUUGCAGUCAGAGUACCCACCGUGUAUGCUGUCGUCAACCGGGUCUUCCUCACCCGGGUACCCAACUAACAUGGCACUCACCAAGACAGAAAGGCAACAGGAAUCUCCAGUCGCCACACUCAGAGAAUGGGUGGAUGGAGUUUUCCAUGGCCCUCCGUUCCAACAGCCCAAACCAGCUGAGGUGUGGAAAGGCCUAAAUGAAGCUGCGAUAGAAAACAGAACACCUGGACAGUCCUUUGAAAUUGGUCAGUCUGCAUCAGCUUUGUAGUCCACCAACACGCCACCAGAGGAGAGACUGACUGUGCCACUUAAAGUGAAUAUCGAUAUUUUGACUGUGUGACAUGAUCAGCUGACCGUUCACUAAGAGCCACCCCCUGUUUGCUUGUUGAGGUUUUCAUUCUAUUUUAAGGCAAAAGCAGGAAGACAACAACUGUUGAUUUUGCAGGCUAGAAGACAGCGGGUAAAGUUUUAUGCUCAGAGUGAAAAGCCAGCAUCAUCACCAGCUGAUUAUCCAGGCUGAAGCAUGCUAACAAUUGUAGCUUAAGUUAAAGCAGUUUCAUGCCUUGUUACGCUGUUUUUCGUGUGUUUGGGGGCCUGGAAAGGCUUAAGAAAAGACACACACACAUUCUUUAUAUACAGAAAACUGCUUUUACUAAAGACCCAUACACACUGCUUCAGCAAAUCCAAAGCCUGGCAGAGCUGCUGUGCUUAGUCACAGUUGCUAAGCUAUGACUGGAAAAUUAUUUGAUUGAAGGGAUCUGGUGAACGGUCAGUUAUCAGUGUAUGAUUCUACUGUGGCAAUUUAAUAUUCAUGUGCUCUCUUACAACUUACAGACUCUUGUGGACUUCAUCAAUGAUCAGUUGUCACUGCACACUUCCCUGCUCCAAGGCUGUAUGGUUCACACACAUGAAAAAUAUACAGUAUUGUACACUUGCACUAUAGCCUGCACAUGCACUGAGUCACAGAAAUAAAAAAGCGUGUUCUUUAGCAUGGCAAAGUUCUCUGAGUGUGCCCUUAUA